CUCCCCUCGUUUCUAUUUUUUUUUCUCGAGAAAAAACCUUUUAUAUUUCCCGUUAUUCACCCCGUAAAACCCUAAACCUCCUUCUCCCUUUCUUCCUCCUCCAGAGAUGUUGAUGUCCGGGGCGUUGUCACGCGUCUCAAGGAGCGUCGGUGCACGCUCCUUGCUUCUCUCAGCUUCCAAGAGCCUUCAAACGCCAAGCUCUUCCACUCAGUUUCACUCUCUUAUCUGUGAAUAUCCGAAUAAGGUGAUUACAAGUGAUGUAUUUAAGCUGCAAUAUUCAACCCUAAAUUUCUCUGCAUUCCGACGAUUUGGGGUCUCUUCAUCAGCCUCCCCCGAACCUUCUGGAAAGGAACAUGGGAGUACUGUAGAGAAUAAUGGUGAUGAUCCUGCAAAGGCAAGUGGGAAUACGAAUCCUGGAGAGGCCGAAGUUACAAAAGAAUCAGGUUUUAACUCGGAGUCCCAAAAUACAGUGUCUCAAUCUGAAAAAGGGAGGAGGAGAGCCACUAAACGAACUGCAUUUUCUGAUUCGGAUUCCGAGAGCAAUGGUGACGCAUCAAUGGCUGAUAUGGUGAAACUUGUGGAGGAAAAAGAAGAGCUCCUGAAUGCCAAGCAAAAGGAGAUUGAACAAAUGAAGGACAAAGUUGUUCGAACUCUUGCAGAAAUGGAGAAUGUUAUAGUCAGGACAAGACGGGAAGCGGAGAACUCGAAAAAAUUUGCCAUACAGAAUUUUGCGAAAGGCUUACUCGAUGUUGCAGAUAAUUUAGCAAGGGCUUCUACACAUGUUAAAGGCAGUUUCUCUAAGAUUGACGAAUCAAAAGACACUGCUGGAGCUGUACCACUCCUUAAGACACUCCUUGAAGGAGUUGAAAUGACUGAGAAACAACUUGAAGAGGUAUUUAGAAAGUUUGGAGUGGAAAAAUUUGAUCCUACAAACGAACCAUUUGAUCCACACAGGCACAAUGCAGUAUUCCAAGUACCAGAUAAUUCUAAGCCUCCUGGAACAGUUGCUCAUGUUUUGAAGGCGGGAUAUAUGCUCUAUGAUCGAGUUAUUCGACCAGCUGAGGUCGGUGUUACUCAAGCAACAGAUAAUGAUGCAACUGAGAAUAGCACGAGUGACAAAGGCCCUGAUGCUUGAUGGUAGCUUAGGUAAGGUUUUAAAUGGCAAAUUUUCAAAAACUUUUACCUUCGUGAUAAAGAAUUAUACACAUUUAAGGGUUAUCAGUCACUUCUUUCACUACUUAUAGAAGACAUGUGCUCGUAAGUUAUUCGAAUUUGGUUCGACCAUUU